CCCACGCCCACGCCUAUCUGACCUACGCCCACCCUCUUUCGCCCUCUCCCCAUCGCCAUUACCCACCACCGACUGAUCCGGCAAACGGUGUGAUCUGCAAGAGUCCAGUCCUCCCUCCCUCACUUUAGGUCCAUUCUGCCUCUCCUCUCCUCCCCGCUUCUCUCACAUCUCCCUCCCCCUCCCCUUCCUCCAUCCGUCACACUACUACCCUAUGCCUUCCCUAGGGUUCCUCAAGAAAAAGCGGACCAGAGAGGGUAACUCUGAUCCAGCCUCAAAUCCAACCAGUCCUGUCACGCCAACUUCCAGAUCAAAGUCCAUCUCCAAGGCUUUUGGCUCAUCGCUACUACCUCGAACCUCGAGGAACUCGACCUCGGUGCCAGCUGCCCAGACCAACCCUAGCGCCCAGCAGCAGCAGCAACAGCAGCCGCAACACCAACCCCAACAACAGCCUGACGCCCAGGCAGGCACCGCGCCUCAGUCCAAUCCGCCUUCUGCUCCGGCGCAGCAGACGGCGGCAGUCAGCGACGCCGAGCGACAGCAGACGAUGAACUCGGUCAACGUUCAGCAGCCCCCGUACGUCACGGGCAAUGCGAUGCACCACGACCAACAGAACCUACCAAGCAUCAAUAACCUCAUCAAUCCGCCUCAGCAACAUCAACACGAUGCCCAGGGCAACUCCUAUGCCAAUAACGGCCAGCCCAAUUCGCAAUACCUAUCAACUAUAGAAAAUCGAUCCGCGCAGACGGUCAGCCCCGGCACCGAUCCCGCAGUCCUUCAGCAACAACAGCAGCAGGCCAUGCCUCAGCCGACGAUGCAACCGCAACAGCACGAAUACCAGCAGCAAGCUCAGCCCCAACAGCAGCAGCAGCAGCAACAACAGGCGCAACCGCAACAGCACCAGGCGAACCAUCAGCAGCAGCCCAGCAACGGAUCACAGAUGCGCGUCACCAAGGGCAAGUACUCGUUGGGUGAUUUCGAUAUCUUGAGGACACUUGGAACUGGUAGCUUCGGCCGAGUCCAUCUGGUCCAAUCGAAGCACAACCAACGUUUCUACGCAGUCAAGGUGCUCAAGAAGGCCCAAGUAGUCAAGAUGAAGCAGGUCGAGCACACCAACGACGAGCGACGAAUGCUGGCAGAUGUCAAGCAUCCCUUCCUUAUCACUCUGUGGGGCACGUUCCAAGACACCAAGAACCUGUACAUGGUGAUGGAUUUUGUUGAAGGAGGCGAGCUCUUUUCGCUCCUCAGGAAGUCGGGGCGUUUCCCGAACCCAGUUGCCAAGUUUUACGCCGCCGAGGUGACGCUAGCGUUGGAGUACCUGCACUCCAAGAACGUCAUCUACCGAGACCUGAAACCAGAAAAUCUGCUCCUGGACCGACACGGCCACCUCAAGAUUACAGAUUUUGGCUUUGCGAAGCGAGUGCCCGACAAGACAUGGACGCUGUGUGGCACGCCCGACUACCUGGCCCCCGAAGUCGUCUCUAACAAGGGAUACAACAAGUCUGUGGAUUGGUGGUCAUUGGGCAUCUUGAUAUAUGAAAUGCUCUGCGGAUACACACCCUUCUGGGACAGUGGAUCUCCGAUGAAGAUCUACGAAAACAUUCUCAAGGGCAAGGUCAAGUACCCAGCGUACGUCAAUGCAGACGCCCAGAAUCUCCUAGAGCGCCUGAUCACGGCCGAUUUGACAAAGCGAUUGGGCAACCUUUACGGUGGACCUGCGGAUGUGAAGAAUCACCCCUGGUUUGCCGAAGUUACUUGGGAUCGCCUGGCUAGAAAGGAUAUCGAUGCGCCAUACACGCCGCCAGUCAAGGCUGGUGCGGGUGACGCUAGUCAGUUUGACCGAUACCCUGAAGACCCAGAGAAAUACGGCCAGACAGGAGGAUCGGAUGAAUUUGGACACCUCUUUACGGAGUUUUAAGGAUGUGCUUGCUGGAGUAUAUGGAUGGGUUCUUGUAUGACUACGUUCCUGGGUUGGGGAUGGGCCUUGCGGAUAGUGAGGUGAAAAGGGUGAGGAUGUCUAUGAAGGUUGUGUUGGAAACACGAAAGAGUUGGACUACCGGGGGUGACGACUGUGCGAUUGGAGACAACAUGUCUAUUGCCUAUUCAAGUAGGAUACAGAAACAGCAUUAACAAGUAUCAAUGCAUCCCUAGUUGCUACCU